AUGAGCCGCAGCCCCAAGCAACACCGGCGCCAGCAAGCGGCUCACGUCCAGCAGCUUUCACCCACUGAGCUGUGCGAAACAACACCAAUACUGAGAAGGGCAAGUUCGGUGUCCCCUUUACAGACGUCCGGGAUCUUUCAGCAACUCGACGUUAGAAACUCGCAAGAGGAGGUAGGAAUCCGCCUACCCUUUUUCGAGGCACAACCCAUCCCCGGCGUCUCGUCGCUAGCGACCCCGCAUGCCUUCACGCACAACUCCCACUACUCACGCACGGCAAGUCUGGCAUCAUCGACGAAAGACUCUGUAGCACUUGCUUCCGGUUGCUUUCUGCAUAAUCGGGGCGCAAGGCCAUCAGUGCACUGCGCACCGACAAACCAGAGGGAUUCUCAACUGGCCAUGGUGCCACUUCCCUCCACAAGCUUUCCGCACCUACCACUCGUUGGGGACGAGAACAACGCGUCCUUUUUAGCGAGCAUCGUCACCGACCCAACGAGUCGGCGCAGCUCCUACAGCUCGCUUGCCGUGCAGCGCCGCGCACACAACGACGCCUCUCCUGUCUCUCUCGGCAACCCGUCGGUAAUCCGCCACCUCACUAAGAAGCGGGAGCGGCGCAUGUCGAAGGCAGCGAGGAGUGGACAGAAAAGUCGCAGCAGCAGCAUAGCAAGCUGUACCAAAGAGACAACGCAGCGCUCGCCGAUGGAAGACCAGAUCAGGGGGAGCCAACUUUCGCUCUACAAAUUGUUUGGCUCGUCUGCGGCGGCCUCACCGAUUUUCAGCGCGGCGAGACGGAAAUCUUCUCGAGGACGGAAGGCGCAGCCGGAGACGGGUGUCACCACCGACGUGUUGCGGAAUGACGACAGUUUCUCCUACAUCCUACAUAGAGAAGAGGAGGAAACGGCUGUGAGGACGAAGUCUGGCGUGAAGAUGAUCCGGAGAACCACGCAGGAAGUCCGCCUGCCGAUUUCCGUCGACUCUCACCGAAGAAGCGACAGCGCCCUUGAUCGAGGAGACGCCAGUCGGGGCAACAGUCGAGGCCCCAGUAGUCCAGCUCCCUUUAAUGAGACUUCAUCAGCCGUGCCGUCCUUGUUUAGUGAGUCGUCGAUAAACGACAUGUUUUCGGGUAUUCUCCUGGUGGGCGAUGAGAGACAGGGAAAGGCCGAUCAGUAG